GCAGGAAAAAGGCCGGCGCGGGGCGGGCGGCCCCGACAGGAUGCGGCGCUGCCGGCCCCCCAGCGCUGAGGGUAAGCAGCCGCGCGGGCGCAGCGCACAGCGAGCCACGGCCGCCCCCCGGGGCUGACUGCGCGCCCCGGAGACUCCCCGACGCGCCGCGGGAGCCCCGCGAAGUGCCGGCGACCGCGACGACGACGUGACACCGCCCGGCCGGCCGCCGCGGCCCUGGCCCCGCGCGCCGUGGCCCCGCGCACCCGGGACCCCAGCCCUGGGGGACGCCCAUGCGGCCCCCCCGCGCCGCUCAGCAGCCCGCGAGCUGAGCCGGGACCCCGUCGCCGGCGCCGUGCCAAGCAGAGGGGAGGGCGAGGCGGAGGGGCCACCUCUCGGGGACUAACUCAUGAAGAACAAGGGUGCCAAGCAGAAGCUGAAACGUAAGGGAGCCGCCAGCGCCUUUGGCUGUGACCUGAGCGAAUAUCUGGAAAGCUCCGGACAGGAUGUUCCAUAUGUACUGAAGAGCUGCGCAGAAUUUAUUGAGACUCAUGGCAUUGUGGAUGGAAUUUAUCGGCUUUCAGGAGUCACCUCAAACAUACAACGACUAAGGCAAGAGUUUGGCUCAGAUCAAUGUCCAGAUCUGACAAGAGAAGUGUACCUCCAGGACAUCCACUGUGUGGGUUCUCUCUGCAAGCUCUACUUUAGGGAGCUGCCCAACCCCCUCCUGACCUAUGAGCUCUAUGAGAAAUUCACGGAGGCCGUGUCACAUUGCCCAGAGGAAGGCCAACUGGCCAGAAUCCAGAAUGUUAUCCAGAAGCUUCCCCCGUCCCAUUACAGGACCUUGGAAUACCUGAUUCGACACCUGGCCCACAUCGCCUCCUUCAGCAGCAAGACCAACAUGCACGCACGGAACCUGGCACUGGUGUGGGCACCAAACCUCCUCAGAUCCAAAGAGAUCGAAGCCACUGGCUGCAGUGGAGACGCAGCCUUCCUUGCUGUCCGGGUCCAGCAGGUGGUGAUCGAGUUCAUAUUGAAUCAUGUGGAGCAGAUCUUCAACGGUGGCGCCCCUGCGUCUCUGGGGAAUGACGAAAACCGGCCCAUCAUGAAGAGCCUGACCCUGCCCGCCCUCUCCCUGCCCAUGAAGCUGGUGAGCCUGGAGGAGGCGCAGGCCCGGAGCCUGGCGACCAACCACCCCGCCCGGAAGGAGAGGAGGGAGAACAGCCUGCCCGAGAUUGUUCCUCCCGCGGGAACGCUCUUCCACACCGUCCUGGAGUUGCCAGACAACAAAAGAAAGCUUUCCAGCAAAUCAAAGAAGUGGAAAUCAAUAUUUAACCUGGGACGUUCUGGAGGAUCAGACUCCAAAUCCAAGUUGAGCAGAAAUGGGAGUGUAUUUGUCAGAGGACAGAGACUCGCAGCGGAGAAGGCUACGAUCCGACCUGCUAAGAGUAUGGACUCGCUGUGCUCUGUUCCCAUGGAAGGGAAAGAAACUAAAGGAAAUUUCAACCGCACGGUCACCACUGGUGGAUUUUUCAUCCCAGCCACAAAAACACACUCCACUAGCACCGGAAGCUCCUGCGACCUCAGCAAGCAGGAGGGCGACUGGGGUCAGGAGGGGCUGCCUGCAGGGGCAGAGGGGGGCUUUGACGUGAGCAGCGACCGCAGCCAACUCCAGGGCACGCAGGUCCGCCCCCCGCCCGAGCAGCUGAAAGUUUUCCGACCCAUCGAGGAUCCCGAGAUUGAGCAAACAGCUCCGAAGAUGCUCGGGAUGUUCUACACGUCCAGCGACAGCCCCGGCAAGUCUGUGUUCAGCAGCAGCCUCUUCCAGGUGGAGCCCUCGCCCCGGCACCAGCGCAAGGCCCUGAACAUCUCCGAGCCCUUCGCCGUGUCCGUGCCGCUCCGCGUGUCCGCUGUCAUCAGCACCAACAGCACCCCGUGCAGAACGCCCCCAAAGGAGCUGCAGUCUCUGUCCAGCCUGGAGGAGUUUUCUUUCCAGGGCUCAGAGAGUGGAGGUUGGCCUGAAGAGGAGAGGUCACUGGGAUCUGAGAAUGCAGCAGCUGCUGUGCCAAAGAAGGCAACUCCCGAGGAAGCUAAGCCAAUAUCAGAGGCCGCGAAGACAGUGGAGAGCAGCAAAAGUAUUUCCCUGGAGCUGAGCCCCCAACAAGAGGAAAAGAAAACUUCAGAAAUCUGCCAGGGCUCUCACCAUCCAUGUGAAUCAGAGAAGAAGCUGGACCUGGAGAAGGUGGAGGCGGGAGGAGAGGCAGCCCAGGAGUCGGCUGUGCUGCAGGAGGGCCCCGAGAAAGCUGGAGCGAGAUUUCUGCAUGAGACGGAUGAAGAUGAUCUGGCUAACGUCCUGAUUUGGCCCGAGAUUCAACAGGAGCUGAAAAUCAUUGAAUCUGAGGAGGAGCUCUCCUCCCUGCCACAGCCCAUUCUGCAGACCCACCCACCCCAGCCAGUUCUUGGGGCCUGUUCUAGCCCGGUGGCUUCGCCCAAACCGGAGAGUUCGGCCUAUGGCUCCACCCCAGCCCCAGUCUCCGCCCCUUUGGAGAAUGGGACCAAUCAGAACACACAGGAAGCUUCAACAGCAGCCAAUAGAGAAGAGCUUGAGAUGAAGGGCGACGCCCCUGGGUCUGAAGCCGAGCCGGGCUUGCGCCCGGAUCCCACUAGUCUUCGUCCUCUAGAGCUGGUGUCCUUUGAGCUGACUUCUCCACAAGUCAGGGCAGAGGAGCGAGACCCAGGGAACCUGUCUCCUCUGCUGCCACCUGCUGCCCCUCCUCCAACGCCCCUGGAGGAGGUGCCUCGCGUCGAGCUGUCCAAGGACAGCCCACAGAGAGAAAACGCUUCCACGAUUGUGAGGCCAGAUCCACAUAAGGGCCAGGCCACGUCCGAAGGCAGUCCCGAGCACCCCGAUCUUUGUCCAGCAGAAAGUGAACAGCAAAGUUCAAAGGAUGGCGUUCCCGAAGGAAAAGGCUCCAGCUCUUCGAACGAAAUGAGGGAGGCCGAAAUCUCUUCCCAGGGAGAGGGGGAUGUCGCCCCUUCAGUCCAGGAGCCCUCAGACUGUGACGAAGACGAUGCUGUGACCGAUGUGGCCCAGCAUGGCCUGGAGAUGGUGGAGCCGUGGGAGGAGCCCCAGUGGGUGACAAGUCCCCUUCACUCCCCCACGUUAAAAGAAGUGAAGGAAAUCCAGCUGCAGGGCCCUCUGGCUCACCGAUUGGAGAAAAGGCUUUCCCACAGGCCCAGUCUUCGCCAGAGCCAUUCUCUAGAUAGCAAGACCAUGGUGACAAGCCACUGGACUCUUGAAGGUCCGGCCUUCAGCAGCUGUGCUAAUCUUGAAGCAGAGAGGAAUUCUGACCCUCUGCAGCUCUUAAAGCCCAGGAAAGAGAGUACUGCAUGGGAUGAGAUGAUCUUGAGGUCGUUCAGCGAGUUCUCUGUUCUGAAAGGAAUGCAGGCCCUCCCUAGCCAGAAAGGACCAGGUGAUUUGCAGCCCACAGCAGCAGGAACCAGUCCUGUAGGCCUAGCAGAGGGAAAGGAACUGGAAGUACACCCGGGGCACAGCAACCCUCAAACUGAGCAAGGUAGUGGUCCUGGGCCAGAUAGCAGCCGGGAGAGCUCACCGAGUGUUCAGAACAGCACAGCCCCCAGAGAACAUCCCCUCAAGUUACAGCCGAAGACCACCGAGUGUGGGCCUCCCAAAGGGAAAAAUAGGCCUUCUUCCCUCAACUUAGACUCUGCCGUCCCCAUCACUGACCUCUUCCGGUUUGAAAAUGUGGCCUCCUUUGCUUCACCUGGAAUGCAGCACUCUGAGCUAGGGGGCCCAAAAGGUGCAUGGAUGACCUCCUCUAACUGUCAAGGAGACCCCUGGAAAGUUUACUCCCAGGACCCUCAAGAUCUGGACAUUGUUGCUCAUGCCCUGACAGGCCGCCGUAACUCGGCUCCUGUGAGUGUGUCAGCCGUGAGAACCUCCUUUAUGGUCAAAAUGUGCCAGGCCAAGGCAGUGCCAGUCAUUCCACCUAAGAUUCAGUACACACAGAUACCACAGCCCUUACCCUCACAGAGUGCAGGAGAGAACGGGGCUCAGCCUCUGGAGAGGAGCCAAGAGGAAGCCAGCUCAGCUGGGGGCCCUUCUCAGAAACCUCCUCAAGAUGAUGCUCGGUCCUCCCUGGAAAGCCCUAAGGAAGACAAGCCAAAGCAAGAUAAGGGAACCAAUGAGCCAUUGCCAGCAGAUGCCCCAGCAUCCCGAGUGUGUGAAGGACCCAGCCUUUCCCCAGAGCCAGGCUCAGCUCACCUGCUCUCCACCCAGGAUACUGUUGUGCAAUGCAGAAAGCGCACCUCAGAGACAGAGUCACUUGGGGACAACCUUCUUUCUUCAAAAAUGGAACGACCAGCAGGGAGUUCUAAGCCUUUCCACAGGUCAAGGCCAGGGAGACCUCAGAGCCUCAUUUUAUUCAGUCCUCCUUUCCCCAUUAUGGACCACCCGCCCACCUCUUCCGCAAUGACAGAUUCCAAGGUUCUGCUGUCCCCAAUCAGAAGUCCAACCCAGGCCAUUUCCCCUGGCCUUCUUUGUGGGGAGUUGGCAGAAAACACAUGGGUCACAGCAGAAGGCGUUACACUUAGGAAUAAAAUGACCAUCCCUAAGAAUGGCCAGAGACUGGAGACCUCAACCAGCUGUUUUUACCAGCCCCAGCGGAGAUCAGUGAUUCUGGAUGGAAGAAGUGGACGGCAGAUAGAAUGAUACCAGUUCACCUGCUGUAUUUGAAAAAAUGCCAUGAUUCAUCUGGAAGCUCUCAAGGGCUAAGUUAACACAAUUCCAGCCACAGGUUAUUCAAGUUUAGGCUUAUUUUGACCUCUACCCUGUCUUCAACUUUUAGCCCUUUAUUAAUUGUCCAUUUGCCAUAAGGAGGCCAAGGGAAGGACCAAGAGAUGGAAUUCAGAUAUGAACAGGCAGGAGGUCAGUUAGGGGAAGAGGAUGACAUACGUGAGAUAUCGGGCUUGUUUGUGAGUUGCAUUAACUCCCCCUUCUACCAUAAUCUUUAACUUUUGAGAGUGGCUGGUAUUUUCGAAAAAAAAAAAAAAAGUCCCCUUUUCCUGUGUUGCUCUUGAGCCUCCCAUUUUACUACAUGCUUUUUAACACUCUUCAAAGCAUGUAUUCUUUUAGACCCAUUUUCUGACUAGCUUUAUAAGCGUACUAUACUAUCCAGAGUAGAAACAGAUUUGGAAAUGCAAACUAACACACAUUCAGCUAGCUUAGUGGGUGCAUUUAACCCAUGCUCAUUUCCUGAAUACCCCCACACCUGGUCCGGAUAGUGCCACAUACCAGCAGAGAAAAUCAGGAUCUUUAUUCAGGAGCCAACUUUGAGGUGCCCAAAAGCUCCAGAAGAUUUCUGGUCCUGGCUUUUAUCACUUUGAUACUCCAUCCUCCACCUCUCCUGAUCUGUGACUUAUAACUCCAGUAGCUGAGCAGCAGGGUGGUGGCUGAGCCGGAGAAGGAUGUUUGAGAUGUGUUGCAUGGAGGGUGACAUGAUCUGUUCAGAGUCCAUGAACAGGAUGUCACUGCAGAGAAAAUGACAGUCCUCACACACGGACUGUACUCCAUAUUUCAUGAGUUUAAGUUGUGGGGCAUUAGCAGCAAACACCCUCAUUCAGCUUCAUUCUCCUUCCAAAUUAUGCUGGCACCAGUGGCACAAGAGCGGGUAAGGGAGGAGCCUUAGUAAGGGCGAUCAGGAUGGGUAGAGUGGCCCUUCUUGAAGAUGUGUUUCACUUCUGCCAGUGAUUGCCUUCCAGUCUCCUAACACUGCCAAAGAGUGUUAGGAGAGACCGUCUUGAUUCCAGAAUCUCCUUCACCCACCACCCACUCCGGGCACUCAAACUUGCCCUGCUCCUAUUUCUGUGCUAACAGAAGCAAUAAACAGUCUGAUUGUGUUUUAGUUAUUUAGAAUUUUGGGUGUUCUCUCCUUUUUUUUUCCCAGUUCAAGAGGGGAAAGAAUUCUUAUGACCUGCUGGCAGAUUUUUGGUGCUCCCCAAAUUAGCCUUCUUGGGAACUCUUUUCAAAGCAAAACCCUCAAGAUAUCCCUUUUAGAUCUUGCAAGUUAACUGACUUGAGAAAUAAAGAAAACUAGGACCUAUAUUUAGCCUUUUUCUUGGGUUCAAGUUGACUGAGUUCUCUCUAGAAGCUCCAUCGUUGUAGGUGUUUCUCUAAAGGCGAGUUGUGCUUUUGGGCAGCCCGCAUCUAACCAAGGCUGGUGCAGGGCCAGGUGAGGCUAAAGCUGAUGCCCUACAACAGACGCCUAGUCCUCCAUCCUUUUUCCCCUGAUAGUUUUGACAUCUAAUUCCUGACCUUUUUCAGUUUAUGGCAGAAAUCACUGCAGGCCAGCUGAUGGGUUCUGCCUACACAGAGGAUCCUGAGUGAGCAAGAGGCGGGUGGGUGAGGAGGAACAGGGAGACUGUUAUUAGGCCUUUGAUCAGUAAUUCUGCAUUCUCAUCAGAUAAGCAAGACUUUGGACCAACCACCAAUAAGAUGUCAGCCCUAGGGGGCUGGAGCGAUAGCACAGCGGGUAGGAUGUUUGCCUUACAGCAGCCGACCCAGGUUCAAGACCCAGCAUCCCAUUAUGGUCCCCUGAGCACUGGCAGGAGUAAUUCCUGAGUGCAGAGCCAGCAGUAACCCCUGUGCACGCCAGGUGUGACCCAAAAAGAAAAAAAAAAAAAUGCCAGUCCUAUGACAAGUGCUAGGGUUAUAGGCAUUUUCCCCACCAGGCAAACAAGGUAAAGAAAUCUAGUGGCGACAGAUGAGAAAAGCCAUGGUCAGAGAAUUUGAGAUGUACAUUCCUGCCUUAUCAGAAAAUGUGGGCAGAUAUGCUUCGUGUCAAUCUCCAUGCAUGUGGUGUCUGUGUUUGACAGAGACCAUGUUCCAGUUAGAAUAUGAGAGGAAAGAACUGCACUUUGCUUCACAACUCAGAACCAAGUAAUGAAAGAUUUAAACUACUUUAUGGUAUUUUAAAAGUUUUGCUGGUGAGUCUUGUGGGAUGUAUUUUCAUUUGGGCAAUAGGCUUAGAAGCUACCAAUAACAUAUCAACAAAUGAAUUCAGUUCUGAGUUGAGGCACCUAUACUGAUUUGUUAACUGGCGGCCAUCAUUUUUAGUCUGACAUCUUUCAUUUGUUGCAGUGUCUGUAGGAGCAUGGGAAUGUGCCUGUCAUGAGACACAAUGACAAUUGUUUGGUCAUGCUCCCUACCGGGAGCUUUCCUAGCCAAUCCAGGCCUUGAAGCUGAUUCACCUCAGUCUAUGUCCCACUGCUGCAGUGUGGGCCUCUCAUAGACCCUGUCAACGAUCAGUUGUCACAAACACCUUAAACUUCCUGUGGGAUGUGGUUAGCCUGAUGCUGAUAAAAUGCCAUCGAAGAAAACAUUUCCAUAUAGAAAUUGGACCCCCAGAUAUUGUGAGAUUACCUAUUGGGUCACCCACUUGAAACUGAAAAAUUAAGGCUGAGAAUUGGCUACAUGGGAAUCAUGUUUACAUAGUGGGGGUAGGGGGGUAGAGCAUUUGUGCCAUUUUUAGGAGGAUCUACCCAGCCCUCAAAGGACUCUUCAGAGCAACUAUCACUUCUUAAAAUGGGAAUGGCUGAUUUUAAAUGUUAAAUUUGAAUUCAAAUGCUUGAUGUUCCAACGUCUUUCUGUAUUGAUGGUUGCUUAAGAAGAUAACCUAUAAUGUACAAAAUGACCCUCCAGACAACUUAUUUCGUCAAGAUGCAGUAGAUGGAGGGAAUUUCAUUUUUACCCUGUUUCACAUAGAACAUGAAGAGAGAUCUUAUCAAGAACCCUAUUGAUAUCGUUCUAAGCAUUAAAAUUCAAGAUUGUUAAAGUCAAAAUGUUGGAGUCUGGGGAAAUCAAAAGUGGGAAUAUCAUCAUCCCUACCAAAUGUUUAUCAGCAUCCUAGCACUAGUCCUCUAGGUAGCUCACUCCUCUCUUACUCCUAAGAGACUGAUUGAUGAGAAAGGAGAGAGGAUGGACAAUAUUGUGAACAGGCCAUAAACCAGGAGCCAGAUUUAGAAGCACUAAGGUAGCAAAUAAAGUUAGAGAUGUGAAGCAAAGACUGACUUUUAAGAGCAUCAUUAUUACUGUUCAGAAAAAGCUGCUGGUUCUAAUCAACUUAAAUACUACUAUAACUCCAGUAGAAGGUACCAGGGAGAAGUUCCUUCAUCAUUAAAAAUUGGCAACUAAGAUUAUAUAGUUCUGAGUGUGGUUUCAACUGGAUUAGUUGUGAAGUUGUGGGAUUUCUGUAAAGGAGCCAGGCAGUAUGAGUAUUCCUGUGGAGACAGAGGGUUAGAGACUUCCAUCAUUACAUGGAUCAACUCUGGCAAUGCCACAGGUCACAGGUUCCUGCCCCCCAAUCCGCAAUUUUUUUUUACUCUCGAGUCUGGUGUUAUAUAGCACAUGAGAAUUUGAACAAAAUUGGGUCGACAGUCAUUGUUCUCCACAGGCCUUGUGUUUCUGCCUGUGAGGGUCAUGGGGAACAUAAAACUUGUUUUGCUAGUACUGAAAUAAGGUUCACAGUAGGUCGUUUCCAGCAGAAAUGAUUAAUGAAGGCCACACCCAUAUCUUAUCUGAUAACACCAUUCAUCUUGGGGCUAAGUGUUGCCAAGAGUACAACACUGGACGCUUUCAACAGGAAGGUCGGCUCAAAAUGUGGAAUGAUAAAGUGUGCGUCUUUAUAUCUUUUUCAAGGCCAGAGAGAGUGACCACCUUUUCAGACAUGGAGGGUCAGGGAAAUAUUUAAGGUGAUAGCUGAGAUCGCUUAGUUCAGUUAGUAGAAAAUUGGACAUCAGAUAAAAUGAUUGGCGUACAGUAGGUAAUUUAGUAGCCCGAAGAUUCAAAAUCAAUGCAGGGAUCACUUCUCUGAGGAGAAAUGAUACAGCUACUUCCCUCUUUCAUCAGAAACCCAUGAAGUACAUAGCCAUGUGUUUUUCUGGAUAGAUCACGCUUUGUAAUAAUGCCACCAGACUUCCUGACUUAAAAUUUUGCAAGAAAAAGCACUUUUUCCAAGAAGUCUAUUAGAGAGCUACGUGGUUUCAGCUGUUUAAGCUCAACAAAUGUUUCCAAAGAUAUAAUCAAAAUGUUUUUCUAUUGACUAAAAUAUAUAUAUUAAACCUUUCAUGGAGACAAGUGUAAUUAAAAGAUUGUUAUGCUUUUAAAUGUAUUCUAAUAAAUGAUAUAAAAUAC